CGGCCAGCGGCGGCAGGCGGAGCUGUGGGCGGGGCCUCAGGGGUGGGCUUCGGGGGACGCCGGCUGCGCGCACGCGCCUUGCUGCUGCCGCUAUUGCUGCGGUGAGAGGACCGGACGCAAUGGCCGGGUCCGCGUGGAUCUCCAAGGUCUCUCGGCUGUUGGGUGCAUUCCACAACACAAAACAGGUGACAAGAGGUUUUGCUGGUGGUGUUCAGACAGUAACUUUAAUUCCAGGAGAUGGAAUUGGCCCAGAAAUUUCAGCCUCGGUUAUGAAAAUUUUUGAUGCUGCCAAAGCACCUAUUCAGUGGGAAGAGCGAAAUGUCACUGCAAUUCAAGGACCAGGAGGAAAGUGGAUGAUCCCUCCAGAAGCCAAAGAGUCCAUGGAUAAGAACAAGAUGGGAUUGAAAGGCCCUUUAAAGACCCCAAUAGCAGCUGGCCACCCAUCUAUGAAUUUGUUGUUGCGUAAGACAUUUGACCUUUAUGCCAAUGUCCGACCAUGUGUCUCAAUCGAAGGCUAUAAAACCCCUUACACUGAUGUAAAUAUCGUCACCAUUCGAGAGAACACGGAAGGAGAGUACAGUGGGAUUGAGCAUGUGAUUGUUGAUGGAGUUGUGCAGAGCAUCAAGCUCAUCACAGAGGAAGCCAGCAAGCGCAUUGCUGAGUUUGCCUUUGAGUAUGCCCGGAACAACCACAGGAGUAACGUCACGGCUGUACACAAAGCCAACAUCAUGCGAAUGUCAGAUGGGCUUUUUCUACAAAAAUGCAGGGAAGUUGCAGAGAACUGUAAAGAUAUUAAAUUUAAUGAGAUGUACCUUGAUACUGUAUGUUUGAAUAUGGUACAAGACCCAUCCCAGUUUGAUGUUCUCGUUAUGCCAAAUUUGUAUGGAGACAUCCUUAGUGACCUGUGUGCAGGACUCAUUGGAGGUCUUGGGGUGACUCCAAGUGGCAACAUUGGAGCCAAUGGGGUCGCCAUAUUUGAGUCGGUACAUGGGACGGCCCCAGACAUUGCAGGCAAGGACAUGGCCAAUCCCACGGCCCUCCUGCUCAGUGCUGUGAUGAUGCUGCGCCACAUGGGACUUUUUGACCAUGCUGCAAAAAUUGAGACUGCCUGUUUUGCUACAAUUAAGGAUGGAAAGAGUUUAACAAAAGACCUGGGAGGCAGUGCAAAGUGCUCUGACUUCACAGAAGAAAUCUGCCGCCGGGUAAAAGACUUAGAUUAGCAAUUCUGCAGAUGGCUUUGCUGCUGUCAGUCACUCCUGAAGGACACCCUGCAGUCCUCUCUUGAAAUGCCUGCCAUUACAUCUGCAUUGGUUUGCUUCUUUCUUGGCAGAGUACAUUUUCAAAUCCAGCCUUUUCUUAACAGAAUCUGUGCAGAGGAUGUGAUGGCCCUAGGCCUGCUUUCAAAGGAUUUUUCCCAAGUGCUUGUUUUAUUUAUUGUUUAUCUGGUAAACAUUUUUUGUAAACUGUAUCAUUUAUCAUUGUUACCCAUUUUACACUUCAGUCAGAAUAAAUGUUCCUCAGUUGUAAAUAUGAUACCGAUGUAAUAUGGGGAAAUAUCUAACUUUUUAAACAAAAACCCUGUUCUCUUUGGUUUAUGAAAAACAUUGGGAAUAAAACAGGAUAUUAACAAUAGCACAAGGUGACAUUCUUAUAAAAUUAAAUGGGCACCAGAGAAAGUUCCUGGGAAAGUUCACAUCAAAAACAGCAAAAAUGGUAUAUUUCUUAUGGAAAAUAUAUUUGUCCUUUACAUGAAUUACUAUUAAUAAAAAUAUUCAAGACAUAUAUAAUGGGUGAUGUAAUUUCUGUUAAUGAGAUGUAGGUAAUAUAUUAGGUUGAAGCCCCAAACGCACUGUGGAUUCAAUUGUUUUGUUAAUUUGAGAUUUACUACUUUUUGUGAGAGCUCUUCAUGAAGUAAAGGGGAGGGUCAUUCCUCUUCACUAGACACAUUGGCGUCAGGAGCUGUCCAGCCCCUGUACUGACACCUUCGGUCAGGGAGGAAGCCACUGUAGAUUUACUCCUGCAUGUCCCUGGAAAGGGGCCCACACUCCAGCUGCUCCAGGUAACACUGGAAAGGCCUGGCCACUUCUCUUGGCUGUAGUUCAAGAACCUGGGAUGCUAGAUUUCCAUAGCUGCCCCUUCACUUCCUCCAGAGCACCAAAUCCCUGCCCUCUGUCCCAGGAGCACCCAUAAAAGACCCCAUUGCAGAGGCUGAGCUGACUCAGCUCGAGCUGAUGCACAAAUUGGGCCAAGGUGGAGCCCAUGUUGCCAACUUGUAACCAUCAGGUUCCUGACCCUACAACCUCUGACUUUCCACCACAGCAUGAAGUUACCCUUUGGCUCACACCAAAGUCACUUGUGUCUUGCCUUUGACCCUUCUGUAAACCUGUAAACCUGUGACUUUGCAUAAUGUACCCAGGUCAAAAGGGGAUUUCUUAACAAAUAUCCCUGUCUGAGUUGUUUAAGCUUGUAUCAAGACUUACAAUCUUAAACUGCUGCUUCCUCUCUUACUGGAUUGUUCUAGUUAUCAGUGGCUCUUGGGGUCACAGUAAUAAAAAAUUCAAAAAU